GCGGAAAACGCAAAAACGCAAAAAGUGGAGUUCCGCGUUUGAAGCUAGCUCCAGAGCUACACACACGCACACGCACAAACACGCACACACGCAGAGUAGAAGCUCGGCGAGGGUAAGACUUUAACCACUUACACCAUGGCAAAAACGCGUUUUUUUCAUUAACGGGGGGCACAGAGACUCUCCAGCGGGACGCGGGACGACGGAACAGCCGUUGAAAGGAGCCUCGAAGACGACGGCGGCAAUGAGCAGCAGCCCUCCGUCUGUACAGAUGGACGAGGUCAGGAGGAGAGCCCUGUCCCUCCUCUCCUCCUCAGGUUUAGCCCAGGAUGUGAAGGCUGAGGUCCAGACCAUGGCCAGCAUCGCUCUGCCUCUGUCCGAGAAGUACCGUCACCUUUCAGCGGAGGCCAUGCUGAGGGAGAACGUGGCCAGCCGCAGCAGGCAGGAGGUUAUGGAGUCUUUGAGUAGACUGGUCAAGGCCUUGAGUAUCCUGGAGAAGUAUGGCUGUAACCUGACCUGCCCCACCAGGCCCAGGUACUGGAGGAGCGUCAAGCACAACAACCCCGUCUUCAGAACCACAGUGGAUGCCGUCAAGGGUGGGCGUAGAGUCCUCUAUCUCUACGGUUACACCAAUCAGCAGUUAGAUGGCCUCAGUUUCCCGGAUGAAGUCAGCGAACCGGAUGCCGAGAAAGUUGCUGCAGUGACGCUGGAGGUCAUGACCUUACGCACAGAGGUGGACAUGCUCGUUAAGGGCACUCAUCCUCACCUAGAAAACUUCAAAGAUAUCUUCCCAUUUGUCAUGCAGCAGGAUAUGAUGGUGAGUGACUCUGUGGUUAUGCUGCCUGGAGAGGAGCAGCACGGAGACAAACCCCAGGUCCUGUCUCCUUCGCCCGUUUUAGAGAGACACCAAGAGAUGAAAUCGUUUUCCACAGACUCACCUGCUGUGGGUGACUGUAAUUUGUGUGGCAGCGCUUCGUCUCUGGUUUGCCCAUCUUGUGACAAUCGACCUUUUUGCGACGCAUGUGACGACCUCUUCCACCGCCACCCCUCCAGAGCCAAUCACAAGAGAGACAAAAUACAGAAAACCAAACAGGAGACCUGCAGUAUCUGUGGCAUUUCGGCUGUCCACGCUCAGUGCUCCACCUGUGUCCAGAGACUGUGUCUGAACUGUGACAGGCUCUUCCACUCUCACCCUGACCGCAAGGGACAUAACAGAACUGUCGUUACACCAGCCAAAACAUCCAGUCCAUCUCUGUCACCCUGGGACUGUGCUCACUGCACUACGGUGAACGAGAUGCGAGCCGUUCUCUGCUCAACCUGCGAGCGGCCUCGACUCGCCACGGCUGCGUCCACCGUUCAAGAAAACCCCACGUCGGCGCCUACAUCACCAAACACAGAGUGGCAGUGUAAGAGCUGCACGGUGGUGAACCCAGGCAGCAGCAUCCUCUGUGAGGUGUGUGAGCGCCCCCGUCUGGCCACUCGCCCGCCUGUCGCCCCAGUGCUGUCCAACCCAGGAUCUCUGACUGAUACUGGAACAAAGGGAAACUGGACUUGCCAGUUUUGCACCUAUGUGAACACCAAGCCCAUUGUGGUGUGUGAGAUGUGCAACCUGUCGUGUAAAGACUCUCCUGGCGAUUCUGUGCCCCAGUCUCUUCAGCAGACUCCGUCCAGCACCAAGGAUCCGCCUCAGCCCGGUGCGAGGCCCGUUCCGAAGCCCAGACUGAACAUGGAGAUGAAGAGGCAGAAGAUGAUGAGGGAAGACGGACUCAGCCUCAUCCACCAGAUCAGAGAAGCAGAAAAGCGAGGGGUCAGCCCAGAGGAGGUGUACGCAGCCCUCUGCAUGUGCGGCGGCAGCAACAUCAACCCCUGCGAUUGGCUGACAUCAGAGCUGCCUCACCUGCUGGAUGAAAUCUGCGCCAUGGCAGCGUCCGUCCAGCUAAACUACAAAGCAGGGGAUUCUGGGAUACAACCCGCGGUGGAGAGGGACGGAGAGGAGUCGGAGGAGAGCGGUCCCAGCGCCACAGGUGAAGACGUGAAGCUGUCCAGAGCUGAGGCCAAGCUGGCGUGGUUAGCAGCGGGAGGGGACACUGAGAGAGCUGUGGCACAGCUGCUGAGAGACCGACAGGUCAAGAUGAGGGAGCUCCACUCUCUGGGCUUCAGGGAUGUGGCCCAGUGUGAGGAGGCCCUGCGGCUGAGCGGAGGUGAGGUUAAAGGGGCUUUGUCUUUGCUUCAGCGCCCUCUCCUCGAGCCUUUCCACCAGCGUAUCUGGACCGACCAGCCCGAGCCACCGAUCGACCCCAAACACCCGGACAAACAGAGGAUGUGCCGGCGCCUGCUGGCGUUGUACGACCUGCCCAGCUGGGGACGCUGCGAGCUCGUACUGUCGUUGCUCCAGGAGCCGGGUGUCACUUACUCCCUGGAGGACGUAGUGCAAGCUGUGAAGGAGUCGCAUGACAAGGAUUUCAUCAGGCGUCUCCUCAACAACGAGUGCCCCUGCUGCCUGUACAUCUUCCCCCGCAGCAAGAUGCAGUCCCUGACUUCCUGUCAGUGCUCAGUGUGCCACGAGUGUUUCGGGCGGCACUUCACCAUAGCUGUGAGAGACAAACACAUCAGAGACAUGGUGUGUCCCGUCUGCGGAGAGCCCGACAUCAAUGACCCCGAACAACUGGACAGCUACUUCUCCACGCUGGACAUACAGCUGCGGGACUGCCUGGAACCUGAUGUGUACGAGCUGUUUCAUAAAAAGCUGACCGAGCAUGCCCUCAUGAAAGACCCAAAGUUCCUCUGGUGCUGUCAUUGCACCAGCGGGUUUAUCAACGAUGGAGACCAGCUGAAGGUCACCUGCAUGUCAUGCCGGAAAAGCUUUUGCGCUCAGUGCAAGAAACCCUGGGAGCCCCAACACCAGGAUCUGUCCUGCGAGCAGUUCCAGCAGUGGAAGAGGGAGAACGAUCCGGAGUACCAGAGGCAGGGCCUGGCCGGCUACCUGAGAGACAACGGCAUCACCUGUCCUCACUGUAGGUUCCAGUACGCUCUGACGAAAGGCGGCUGCAUGCACUUCAGCUGCUCCCAGUGCAGAUACCAGUUCUGCAGCGGCUGCAACAACCCGUACCACAAGACAGGAUGUAAGACGCCCCAGUGCAGUUACCCCGGUCUACACGCCCAUCACCCUCGCGACUGUCUCUUCUAUCUAAGAGACUGGGAGCCGCCCAGACUACAGGCCCUGCUGCACAGGAGUGGUGUGGAGUUCAACACAGAUCCUUCUAAUGGAACUCAAACUGACGCUUGCGGUGUGAUGGAGCAGAAAGACGAAGGGGGUCAGCAGAUUGAUUCGCCGUGCGGCAUCAAAACUCAGCCGGGACAAGCUGGACUCUGCGAGAAGCACUACAGGGAGUACCUGGUCAGUCUGAUCAAUGCCCACUCUGUGGACCCGGCUCUGCUCUACGACGCCCUCGAGCUGACCAGGGCCUGUGAGAGAUACCAGGUGGACAUGCAGAGAGGAGAGAACGAGGAGGACAACGCUUACCACGCUCGACUGCUCAAGAAACUGAUGGAGGUUCCUCUCGGAGAAAAGGUGCCUCGCAACAAAUAAAGAUCCCUGAACACCACAUCACUGUCCUCACCGGGAGGGAAAAAAAA